AUGGGGUACUCAGAGAAAGCACAAGUAGAAGGAGGAAUUGAGUUAGAGAAUAACAGAAAAUGGGUUAUAGCUGGAGUUUCUUUACGAGCUCCAUUGAAACCAAUUCUAACAGUUCCUAUAGAAAAACAACAACAACAACAACAAGUUGAUGAAAUUGUUACUGAGGAAGAAUGUUCAACACCAAGAAGCGAGGAAUCGAAAAUUCCAACGUUGUUCACGUGUCCACCUGCUCCUAAAAAGCAAAAAUCUUCUUUGAAGUUUAACUAUCAUGGUACAAGUGGUGUUGUAAGAGAGUUUUUUACAGCGCCAGAUUUAGAAACCGUCUUUGUAAGACAUGUUGAAACUGCGUAA